AUGCCAGCUACCUCUCGCCAAACGACUUCCCGCAGCUAUGAUAAAAAUGCAUCCAUUGUGCUUAUUGGCAUCCGCGGCACUGGCACAUCAACCCUAGCCGUCAUGGCGUCCAGCGCCCUCGGAUUCCGCCUUGUCGAUGCCGAUCAGCACUUCUACCAGGCCACGGGGUUUUCCAGGGCUGCCCACAAGUCUGCUCACGGCGUCGCCAAAUAUCGCCAAGAAGAGUUGAGAGUGAUGCGAUCUAUACUCUCCGAAAACCAGACUCAUGCCGUUAUCGCUUGUGGCCCCGGGGUUGUCGAGGGGACAGCUCAGACCUGGUUCCUGGAGUAUAUGGAAAGCCAUCCAAUCAUCUACAUCCUCAGAGACGAGCAGGGAAUUCUUAAACACCUCCGUAUCUGGGAUGCUGAGACCAUAUCUCGUCUGAUUCGCCUCAGCUGCCCAACUUAUCGAGCGUUAUCAAACUUUGAGUUUUAUAACAUCUCGGACUACCCCAGUACUCAUUCGGGCGAUGAAUCCCCGAAAUCCCUCUCGCUAAAACAUAUGGAGCAUGAUUUUCUGCAGCUCAUAUAUGCCAUCACAAGACGAGGGCCCCGCACUGAAUAUGAAACCUGCAAUUCUCUACCGUCGCCAUCACCAGAGUCAAGACCGUACACGUACGCACUAUCGCUCCCUCUCUCAACAUUUGCGAGUACCAGCUCCAAACUCCGAGGCGUCGACAUAGUGGCAGAUGCACUUGAGCUGCUUAUAUCUUUUUCAGAUGUGUGCGAGAAUGACAAGGGAUUUGACAACUCUGCAGCCAAUCGUCUCAGCCGACACUUUUACCACGCCCGGAGAACUAUCCAUCUUCCAAUCAUCUUUCAUGUCCGAUUGCCUGAUGAAACGGGCCAUGCUGCAGAGACCCCAUGUACGGAAAAAGCCUACUUCGACAUGCUUCACCAUGGAUUACGGCUUGCGCCGGAAUAUCUUUGUGUCGAUCUUAGUUGCAACCCUGAGAGAAUUGAAAAUCUUGUCGCAGCAAAGGGACCAACAAAGAUAAUCGCCCAUUACUUCGAUCGCGAUCCCGGGAUAAACGGGUGGGAUAGCCCUGAGCGCCUAGUCAAACUUCGGCUGGCUGAACAACUGGGAUGUGACCUUGUCCAGCUGUGUCAAGAGGCUACGUCAAUGGCAGACAACUUCUCGGUACAACAUUUUAUGAAUACUGUAAAACAGUCAGGACAUUGCAACAUCCCGUUGAUUGCUUACAAUACCGGACGCUUGGGGCGAAUGUCUCGCUUCUUCAACCCAACUUUCACUCCAGUCACCCUCCCUUUAAUACGUUCACUAGCACCAGAGUGUGCCUCCACCUCCCAUCUCACAGUACCAGAGGCUCAAAGUGCUAUAUACGCAUCAUUUUUAAUGGAUCGGAUGACUUUCGGCAUUUAUGGUGGAAAUGUCUCACAGAAUCUAGCACCUUCGAUGCACAAUGCCGCCCUCAAGUUUUGCGGCAUGCCACAUGAGUACAAAACCUUGCAAGACUCAACAUUUGAAAAGCUUUUACAAGAUGACAAUUUCGGGGGCGCAAGCAUUGCGGCCCCGUUCAAAACCCGAGUCAUUCAUGUCGUGGACCAGAUGAGCCGUGAAGCCCGGGCAAUUGGAGCUGUCAAUACCGUGCUACCGCUUCGAUCCCUACAGGCAGAUUCUUUGUUCGAAAAGAAUCGCGCAGGGAAGAUCUUGGCGCUGUACGGUGAUAAUACUGACUGGAUAGGGAUUUACAGAUUUGUUCGCCUCAACCUCUCACCGAUUAAUGCAGUCAAGCGCAGAACCACAGGGCUCAUUAUCGGCGCAGGUGGGAUGGCGCGAGCAGCUACAUACGCACUGAUCCGUCUUGGCAUUCAAACCAUCUUCAUACACAAUCGUACGCUCAGAAGGGCGGAGGAGUUGGCAUCACAAUUCCGAGAGCAGUCCUUCGCGAGCAGCUCAAGUUGCGACAGUGGAUCUGCCCUGGGUCCUUUCCAUAUUGGAGCCGCGAACCAUCAUCAUUUGACGAGCAACCCCAAGAUCAGAAUUUUGCCAUCCAAAGCCGAUCCCUGGCCGGCAGACGUCGACCUGCCGACGAUAGUUGUCUCUUGUGUUGCUGUGGAAAACAUCAAUGGCAAGCCUUCCGUGGACACGAGCCUUCCGGCUCAUUGGCUUGAGAGUCCCAAUGGUGGCGUUGCUUUCGAGCUUUGCUUGGCGGCCGGCGAAACCUCACUCCUAAGGCAGGUUCGGAAUUUGAGUGAUAGCGGCUGGAUUGCUAUCGAUGGUCUACAAGUGUUUCCAGAGCAGGGUAUCAGGCAGUUUGAGCUAUUCACAGGCAGGAAGGCUCCACGAGAGUUGAUGCGAACUGAACUUUUCCGGGCAUACAAGGAGCGAAUCAAUCAUCAAAGGUUAGCCAUGGAGGUCCCAUCCGAUGCUGGGCAGCAAGUCUGA